AGUGUCAAUACUAACAGUCGGAGCUUCUCGACCGCAGGCCCUUCCCGGUGGGCGUGCGUAAUGGCCACAGCCCUCUCUAAAUAUAACUCCCCUUCAAAACAGAAGGAGAGAAAAAGCCAGAACGGAAUUCUUACUCGAUCAAAAGCAAUCUGGGAAGUUGUCAGGGAAGAAUUUUUCCGGAUCUAGUGUGAGUCUUAUACCGUUUAGAUUCAUUUUCAUUGCCCGGGGUGGUGCUGGUGGAGCGCACAGCAGGGAAGCGCAUUGUUUGUAUGCAAACUGGACGGCAUGGCUAUUGUAUGCGACUGGGCAUAUAUGGAGCCGCUGCUAGCUCGGGAGAUACAGCCCAUCUAAAGUCUUAAGGAGAGUUGCCCUCGUCUUUUUUCUUUCUUUCAUGUGACUUUCUCUCUUUCGAAAGUGAUUUGCUUGCUCGCUAUGAGUUGCUUGGAUGUGAUGUACCACCAAAGCUAUGGAGCGCACUACCUCCCUGCAGCUGCGUACAAGGCGGCAUACCAUAACCACCAUCAGCAGCAACAACAGAGAAAGCUAAGUGCUUACAACAAGAUGCAGGAGUGUAUGGAGCAGCAGCAGCCACCACAUGGAGGAGGAAGGAUGCUGCAGAGAAAUCAGGGUCUUCAGCAGCGUCUUGCAGCAACAAGCGCUGAACCAGGUCGUAGAUCCCCAGCUGAAUCGGAGUUGAAGGACAGUACUCAACCAACUGAGGCAGAGUACUUGAGCUCACGUUGUGUACUGUUUACCUAUUUUCAAGGCGACAUCGGGGACGUUGUGGACGAGCAUUUCUCCCGUGCUCUUAGCCAGUCCAGCUCCUUUAGCAUAGAGAGCAAGCCCAUUAGAGUGACUCAGGCAACUGCCGCAGCCACUAAUAACCCAUGGAAAGAUGGUGGUUCCCAUUCUGAUAGUCAAAGCACUUCACCUUGGAGCAGCCCUUUCCCACCUCAAGCCAACUCCUGUCUCCCAUCAGUUUCUGUCUCAGUCCACCCAGAGUUCUCCUCCAGCCCUGUUUCCUUCACCCAUUCGGACGGAGCGUUGUGGGCCAGCCACGUGCUCUCGCAAGCCAGCAUCCCAUCUCCAGCUUCCCUCCCUGACAGCUGGACCUACAGUUUGAGCCCCCAGAGCACAAGCGGGUACCCCAAUGUUCAUGAAGUCUACCACUCACACCCACGGUCCCACCCCCACAUCCACACAAGGCACCAUCACUCCAUGCUUCAUUCUUAUCCACCCCACAGCCCGGCUUUGGAUCCCAGAUUCAAUGCGUUUCUGCUGCCGGAUGUUAGGAGCCAAAGUCAGGCUGCCACCAGCACUGGUAGCUCCCCACAUAGUGAAGGGGGCAAAACAGAGAUGGAUAUCAGCAGCAACAGCCCCGUCUCUGCAACCUCUGUCACCUGGACCCCUCCAGCCCUCCAUAGAUCUUUGGAGGCGUAUGAUUCAGCCAGUGAUCAGACCAAGGUGAAGACAUCUAUUUGGUUCUAACGGAUGAACAGAAGACUGAUUAUCUACUCACACCCAAAAAAGGACUAACUAUGUGGCUUUAUCAAAGUAUGGCUGCAAUACCAGCACUAUAAUGUAAAGUGAAGAGGACGAAUAGUAGCAGUAACAGUUUCAUUUAUGUCAGUGUCUUUACAAUCCUAAUGGAGAUGAACUCAGGUUUGGACUGGUGUGACAAAUGAUGACAAAUGACUACUAGCUUUAGGAAAAUAAGAAUUCUUCUGUUGGUGUAAAUCUCUUUUUUUAUUUAACGUGAGACCAGGCAGUUCUGUUUAAAGAGCUUGAUUUUGGCCCACGUUAUUUUUAGUAUCGUUAAUGUUUGAUCACUGUAAAUUGCUUACUGUGUGUGUGUGUGUGCUGUUUUGCCAUGCUAAAAUGUAAUUUGCUGAAUGUUAUAUGAAAAUUGUUGCUCAAAUGACUCCGAUGCUUAUUUGCUUUUGAAAAUGUGUAGAGUAAAUACUGCUGCCUUGCUGAAGUAAUAAAUUAAUAAAAAAAAUAAGUAGCAAA